AUGCCGCCCGCGAUAAGUGACGACGACAUGUCCGAGGGCAGCACCGAGCUUGACGUCGUGCCCAGGCGCGACAAGAAGGCCGCGCAGUUUGAUGACGAAGAAGACGAGGAUGACUCAAAGGAGUCCACCAGCGGCGCCGCGGCAGAAGAUGAUGAGGAAGAGGGGGACGAAGGCGACGAAGAGGAAUAUGUAGUAGAGAAGAUCUUGUCGCACAGGAUCGAUGAAAGCGACGGCAAAUUGAGGUUCGAAGUAAAGUGGGAAGGUUUUGAGAAGAAAUCCGACAGGACAUGGGAGCCGUUGGAGAACCUGCAGGGCUCGGCCGAUGAGAUACUCGAUGAAUACCUGCAGGAGCACGGCACCAUUGCAGAAUUGUACGAAAGCUUUAAGAAGGCUACAAAGACCAAGAAGCGUGGCCGACCAUCGACCGGUGCCACGCCGGGUUCGACCAAAAAGUCGCGUAAGAACGGCGAUCACCCCUUGGACUCGGAGCCGCCAGAGAGCCGGAAGGCCGUGGCAUGGAAGCCGCCGAGCGGCAGCUGGGAGGACCAGAUUGAUACUAUAGACAUGACGAGAAACGACAAGGGGGAGCUUAUAGUGUGGCUUGGCUGGAAGAAUGGCGAAAAAUCGCAGCACAAGGCACAACAGGCGUAUACGCGCGCACCGCAGAAAAUGCUGAAAUUUUACGAAUCCAAAAUCAAUUUCACAAGUUCAUAG